CGACCUCGGUCGAGCAUCGGUCCUCGCCAUUUCAACGAGCCCUCGUGGCCGUGCGGGCUGACGCCAUGGAUUUGCUGAGCAAAGGGUACAAGUUCCUGUCCGAGUUAGAUGAUCCGAGGGCGGGAGACUCCUCUGCCACAGAUCUCGAAUCCUCCUUGGAUGGCGUGGCGGAGAAGUGGCUGGGCUGGGCCACAGGAGGCCCACGCGUGGGCAACCCUGCAGCCCCGGAGGAGCUGGCCACCAUCAGUCAGACGGCAGGCCUCCACGGGGACCCGGAGCUCCACGAGGACCCGGAGCUUGAGGAGCCUCCGCCGGUGACCGCGGGGACGGCUCCAUCGGCCGAGGAGUUGCUGGACCUGCCUGCCUCACCGGAGGAGGACCUCCACGCUGCGCCGGACCGGGACGCCGCGGAGCCGGAGGCUCUGGUGGUGGAGGAGGAGGCACCUCCUCCGCCGGAGGCGGUGGCAGACGUGGCAGUGCUGGGCCCUGCGGAGGUCGAGGAUGCGCGUCAGAUGGAGGCGGAGACGGCUGUGGAGGCGGAGAUUGAGGCGGCGGCUUCACCCAGAGAAGAGGGAGACUUGCUUGGAGGAGGAAGGGAUGAAGGUCUCGAGGAGAAGCUUGCUUCUCAGGAGGUGGAAGUGGAGGCACCAGAGGCCCCCGCCGCGCCGCACCUCCCGGAGCACCCCGCGGAGCUGACCGUGUCCGCGGAGACGUCGACGUCGCCGCGCGCGGAGCGUGCGCCCGCGGAGGACGCGGAAGACGCGGCGCGCGUGCGGGCCGACUUGGCGGAUGCGCAGCAGCUGCUGAAGCAGAGGGAGCGCCAGCUGUCGGACCUCUCCAACGUGCUGGCGGAGAUGGAAGCGCGCUCCACAGCGCAGAGGGAGCAGAGCCAAAGCACCAAAAGCAAGGCCGUGGAGGCGAUCCGGCAAGCCGAGCGGGUGGCGCAGAAUUGGCAGAAGAAGGCAGAGCUGGCGGAACAGCAGAAGGAGGAGUUCAAGGAGCGGGCAGCAACAGAGGUGCGUCGCUUGAAGCAGGAGGCCCGGGACAUGGAGCAGGAGUUGCACAAAGCCCAGGACGCCUGGCGGGAUAAGAUUCGCAAAGCCGAAGCUCGUGCCGCCGAGCUGGAGAAAGAGGGGAAAGAUGCGGCCAACACCAGCAGUGCAGAGCUGGCAAAGAUGAAAGCGCGCCUUCGCGCGCAGGCCGCCGGCAGCGAGGAGACGCGCGGAGAAUUGGAGGCAUACAAAGCCCGGGCGGAGGACGAGAUGGGUCGACUGAACGAGCGUCUGCGUGCCACCGCGGAGAGCGAGCUGCGCGUGCGCCACGAGCUGCAGAGCAGCGAGCACGCGCGGCAAGAGCUGCAGGAACGCGUGGUGGAGCUCUCAGGCCAGUUGGAACAUGCUCAACAAGCGUACAGCGAAGCAGCUCGAGAGGUGGGGCAAAUGUCUUUGCGCUUGAAUGAGUUGGAGUUCGGGCAGAGGGCCGACGGCCACUCGGAGGACCUGCUCCGGGGCGAGCUGAGCGCCACCAAGGAGCGCCUACAGACGCUCGAGGAACGGCAUAAGGAGUGCGUUUGGAUGAGAGACCACGCCUUACAGCAAGCCGAGGAGGUGCGUGGCAAGCUCCAGGCAGCGGAGGAACAGCAGGAGAUGCUGAGGGCACAGAUGGCGGAGCAGGGUCAGUCGCUGCAUGCAGCUCCGGAGGUGAAUGAGGCUUUGGACCUGGCCCAGCAGGAGGUGGCAGCGUUGCAGCAGCAAAUGCAGCGACUGGCGGAGCAGCACCAGACCGAACUGCAGCAACAGGCGGCCAUGUCCACCGAAGAGAUCGACUACUUGAAGCGGAAGAAUGAGGAGAAGGAGAAGCGCUUGGAGAUCCUCACCUGUGAGCGGAACGCGCUGCGCUACGAGCAGGAGGCCGACGGAGGGUCGAAGACGAAGGUGUCGCCGGCCCGACCCAGUGCGCGGGACGAGGACAAGUUGGUGGACCUCGAAGAUGGCUUGUCCUUGAAGGAGCUUUCUCGGGAACAAGGGGCAGUGAAGGCUCGGGCCGAUCCGAUGCGUUGGGCGGACCUGCGGGAGAUGAAGGUGUACGCUUUUUGCGCAGGUGCUGGCUAG